AUGACCAUGGCCUUGAUCUCCAAAAAUAAGCUUCAAUUCGUCAAUGGUUCCAUUUCUGUUCCAAAUCUGAAAGAUAGAAGGCACGCUUCUUGGGAGAGAUGCAAUACCAUGGUUCUUUCAUGGUUGCAUCGAUCCAUUACUGAUUCUAUUUCACAAUCGAUCCUCUGGAUGGAUCAAGAUGUUGAUGUAUGUAGAGACCUUAAAGAAAGGUUUUCUCAGUCAGAUAUCUUUAGAAUUUCUGACUUGCAUGAUGAAAUCUUCUGUUUGCAUCAAGGAGAGAAUUCUAUUUCAGAUUUAUAUACACAACUCAAGAUCCUGUGGGAUGAGUUGGAGUCCUUACAGCCAACACCUACGUGUAAAUGUGUUAAGCCUUGCUGUUCAAUUUCUUCUCAAGUGAGAAGCAUCAGAGAUAGAGACUAUUCUAUUAGAUUCCUAAAGGGACUUAAUGAACAAUUUUCUCAUGUAAGGUCCCAAAUCAUGUUAAUGGAUCCACUGCCUCCUAUAAACCGUGUGUUUUCCUUAAUGACUCAGCAGGAAAGACAGAUGCAUUUGAACAAUGUGAUGCCUAAUGUCACAGAUGGAAAUUCCAAGGUGUUUUUCAAUUCAACAGAGCCACAAUCAGGACGUGGGUGUUUCUACACUCGAGGAAGAGGACGUGGUUACAAUGGAGGACGUGGGAGAGCAUUUACUCCACGGCUGUGCACUUGUUGUGGCAAGACAAGCCAUACUGUGGAUACAUGCUUUGAGAAGCAUGGGUAUCCUCCUGGAUACAGAGUUAAAGGAGUCCACAAGGCAAAUAUUGCAAGCACUGAUAAUCCUGAAGAAGUACAUCUGUAUGCUGAUCAUAAUCAAGUGGUGCAUCUUUAUGCUGAUCAUAAUCAAGUGGUGCAUCCGUAUGCUGAUGAUAAUCAAAUGGCUUUUAAGCAAUCCAUGAAGCACCAGCCUAUGCAACAGCAGCAAAUGACACCCUCACAUGUCAGCAACCUUGUACAAACCAAGGCACUCAAUGUUGGAACCCAAGUUAAGACAGUUAAUACAGAGAACUCAGAUUCAUUUUCAGGUAACAAUAAUAUGGUACAUUGGAUCCUUGACACAGGAGCCACUGACCACAUUACUCACUCUUUUGGCAUUUUAAUCCAACCAAAGAAGAUUGAGCCAAUAGCUAUUUCCUUGCCCAAUGGAAGUCAGGUUUACUCUUACUACUCAGGGACAGUUGUACUUUCUCAAACACUCACACUGUCAAAUGUCUUAUUUGUUGAGAAAUUUAGUGUUAAACUAAUAUCAGUAACCAAGCUAGCUCAAGACACUAAUUGUUGUGUCAUUUUUCAGCCCCUCAUCUGCAUCAUUCAGCAGCAUCCUUCAAUGGAGAUAAUUGGUUCAGCUAAACUAGACGGUGGAUUAAAUGUUGACAAUCCUUGUGAUAUAUGCCAUUAUGCUAAACAAAGGAAGUUACCAUUUACUUCAAGUGUCAUUGUCUCUGAUAAAGCCUUUGAUUUAGUCCAUGUUGAUAUUUGGGGUCCAUAUUCUGUUCCUUCCAUUCAUGGACACAAAUACAUGUUAACCAUUGUUGAUGAUCAUACACGUUUUACAUGGGGCAUCAUGAUGAAAUUAAAUUCAGAAACUAAAACUCAUAUCCAUAACUUUGUCACACUUAUAGAAAACCAGUUUGGUGUAACUAUUAAGACCUUUCGAAGUGACAAUGGUUCUGAAUUCUUAAUGUCCUGA